AAAAGUGUAAAUAAAAUAUCUAAGGACCAAUUCUCUCUCUUAAACACAAAGUCAAAAGUCUUCGAAACUAGGGUUCUCUUCUAUACUUUGGUGAACAACACUGAAGCUUCGUGGCUUCUACAUCAUCACUUUCAAACAAUUUUCAACACUAAUUGCUUCAGUCGUUGACUCAAUAUUAUACAUAUAGGGAGUGAGGAGAAUAAAGUGACAAAGUUAGUGUGUAAGUCACUAACAUUUGAGUGGAAGCCACGAGCAUGGCGCUCAAGAUGCAAUGUGAUGCCUCCCGUAAAGAAGUUGCAGGAGAUGCAGGUGAAGCAUCUCAGGUUCUUACUCACAAGUGGUAUUUCAGCAGAAAAGAAAUUGAAUUGCAUAGUCCUUCAAGGUCUGAUGGCAUCGAUUACAAGCACGAAGAACAUCUGAGAAAGAUGUACUGCUCUUUCCUGCAAGAGCUUGGUAUCGAGCUUAAAGUACCCCAACUAACAAUCGCAACUGCAAUGAUGUUUUGCCACCGGUUUUAUAUGCGCCAGUCCCAUGCAAAGAACGAUUGGCAGACAAUUGCAUCUGUGUGCAUGUUUCUUGCUUGCAAAUCUGAAGAAACACCACGAUGUUUAAAUGAAUUUGUUGUGGUGGCUUAUAAGUUAAUAUACAAGUGGGACCCGUCAGCUUCAAGGAGAAUACGCGAGAUAUACGACAAACAAAAGCAACUUAUUUUAAUUGGGGAAAGACUUCUCUUGCAUGUUCUUGCUUUCGAUAUGAAUAUCGAACAUCCAUACAAGUCACUUGUUGCCGCCGUUAAAAGAUUGGAUGUUACGCACAAAGAUCUUGUAAAAGUCGCAUGGAAUUUUGUGAAUGACUGGCUUCGUACCUCGUUAUGCUUGCAGCACAAGCCUCAUUAUAUCGCUGCGGGUUCGCUGUUUCUUGCUUCCAAGAUUAUGAAGGUGAAAUUGCCGACAUCGAAAGGGAAGACUUGGUGGAUGGAGUUUGACGUUUCACCUAAACUGUUAGAAGAUGUCAUCCAACAGAUGACGAGUAUGUGGGAACACAGUCAAAGUCAAAGUCAACGCCAAACUGUAGCACAGAAAAAAGAGAAAGUGACCGAAUCUCCAAUCAUAAAACCAACGUCUAAUUGUGUAAAGAAAAUGGAUACUUCCCGCGAAACAACAAAUCGUCAGACGAGUGAUACAGGUAGUGGAGGUAGUGUCGUUGAGGAUGGCGAACCCGUUACAGUUAAGUCUGAUCUCAGCUCAAGUUGCAAGGUAGUUAAUUCAGUUGGGGUGGUAGAUGUCAGCUCAAGUUGCAAGGUAGUUAAUUCAGUUGGGGUGGUAGAUGUAAAUAAAAUCAGAGAAAAGCUUAAGAACAGGAAUUUAAAUAAGACCAUGAAAAGAGCGCGUGUAGAAGAAGGCGUAAAUGAUGGAGAAGAUUGGAUAGAAAGAGAGUUGGAGAACGGCAUCGUGUUACAAUCUACGUAUCCUCAGAAGCAAAGGAAGAUUUGAAGUAUUGCUGCUACCUAAGGGUAAAUUUAUCGUUUUCCUGAAUCAACUCGUAUAAAUGUUUUAGACGAACUAUUCUUCUGCUUUACUCCUGUCUGUCAAGAAAGGCACGUGUUUUGAGUCAUGUAAAAAAGAAAAGGUAACCGCUGAGACUAGAAUGCCCUUACACUUGGAGAAGAAAUGAAUGAAAUCUUUUAGACUACGACACACGAGAUGCGACAUGGUGAGCCAUGAGUGGGGCCGUACAGGCGAUCAAUAAACGAAAGACGUGGAGUGAAUCCGUAGAGGUGACCAAUAGACAAAAGGGUAGUCUGCACUUCUGCUAUCGGUAAAAGUGGAGGAGAUUUAUUAGGACGUCGCCGAGCAAAGGAGCUAUCAUCGAAUCAUCAAUCAUCUUGCUCGUCUACCUUCUCUUGAAUCACAUCGAUCUGUUAUCCAAUCAUCUUACUCAUCUACUUGCUCCUCUACUCUUCAAGGUAUGCCGUAUUUGUAUUCCUAAUUAGGUUCUUCAACCACUUGAAUUGCGCCAAUAUGUUCUUAAAUAUCUUUUUUUGAUGAAGUUUCUCACUAUGAUUCAGAUUCUGAAUCAUCUAAAUACCUAGUUCUUCACUCA